CACACAGGCAGCUGGUGACAGAGUCAGGGUUCCCGCUCCUGCCCCACACACUGGGCGACUGAGCCACACAGGGCAGGUCCUCAUCCAGGACCUGGCUCCCUUUGCCCUUUCUCCAAGUCCCUCAACUCAAGAGAACAGAGGCACAGGCAUGUCCCCGCGGCUCCUCCUGUCACUGGCUCUCUGGGCUAGCUGCUCCUCUGGCAAUGCAAGGACAGCUGCUCUGAGCCAGCCCAGGGUACGAUGCCGUGCCUCUAGGUACCCUAUGGCUGUGGACUGCUCCUGGACGCCAUUGCGGGCUCCCAACUCCACCAGAGCCACAUCCUUCAUCGCCACUUACAGGGUUGGUGUGACCGCCCAGCAGCCAAGUCUGCCCUGCCUACAGCCGACCCCGCAGGCCACACAGUGCACUAUCCCUGACGUGCACCUGUUCUCCACGGUGCCCUAUGUGUUGAAUGUCACUGAGGUGCAUCCCAGCGGCGCCAGCAGCAGCCUCCUGGCCUUUGUGGCUGAGCGGAUCAUCAAGCCCGACCCCCCAGAAAGUGUACGCCUGCGAGCAGCGGGGCAGCAGCUGCAGGUGCUCUGGCAUCCCCCUGCCUCCUGGCCCUUCCCGGACAUCUUCUCUCUCAAGUACCGUGUCCGCUAUCGGCGCCACGGAGCUGCUCACUUCCGCCAGGUGGGACCCAUUGAAGCCACGACUUUCACCCUCAGGACCACGAAGCCCCACGCCAAGUACUGCAUCCAGGUGUCAGCCCAGGACCUCACGGACUAUGGAAAACCAAGUGACUGGAGCCUCCCUGGGCAAGCAGAGAGGCCGCCCCAGAAGCUCUGAAGAGGGACUAGAAUCUUGAUAGCUGACCCUCAUGUGCUGGGAUGCUUGGCAGAGUUGGGCAAUUGACUUGACCUCUCCAGACAUCAAUUUCCAAACCUGUGGGGAUAUUAUUUCUCCUUCCAUCAGUGCUGGGAUUUGUGAACUGUAAAUGUGAUUAGAAACUUUUAAUAAAUAAUUAUUUUUA